AUUAUUUGUGUUGUAAAUUUUUAGGGGGUGAAUCAGCUGACCUGGGUCAGUUUCCUUGGAUGGCUCUCCUAGGAUACAAACAAAGAAACGUCAACUUUGUAGAAUAUUUAUGCGGAGGAACUAUAAUUACAGACAGUUUUAUUCUAACAGCUGCGCAUUGCUUGUCUGUUGGCAAAAGACAUGAAUUGGUCACCGUUCGAGUUGGCGAACAUAACUUACAAACAGAAAAAGACUGUGCAACGAUUGUAGGGGUGGAACAUUGUUCAGAGAAGCCUAUGGAUUUACCUGUAAUGCAGAAUAUUCAGCAUCCCGAUUAUGAUCAUGGAACUUUAAAAAACGAUAUAGCUCUAGUCAAAGUGAGGACAUCUAUAACGUUUACAGAUUACGUGCAGCCGGUCUGCCUACCUUUUGGAAGAAAUUUGGAGAACACAGAUUUAGCUGGCCAAAAAUUUACAAUAAGCGGUUGGGGGAAAACCGAAUCUAGAAACGUAGGAGGUUCUCCAGUUCUUCAAUUUGCAUUUGUUCAAAUUUGGAAUCAAUCAGAAUGCAAUAAAGUAGUUCCUCCAGAGGUGCAACCGAUUACAGAAAACCAAAUAUGCGCAAAUGGGCGAAAGGAAGACGCCUGCAAAGGAGAUAGCGGUGGACCCUUAUUCAACGCCUCACUGGAUGCAAAUGAUGAACUAAGAAACUUCCAGGUUGGGAUCGUAUCAUUCGCAUCAACCGUUGCUUGUGGAAUUGAGGACUUGCCCGCUAUUUACACCAGGAUCGACAGAUAUUUGAUUUGGAUUGUAGACAAUAUUAAAUAAGUGUGUUAGUUAAACUUAGGACAUAUCAUUAACACCUGCCGCAAUUAUGUUAACACGUUUUGUAGGAAUAGAUAUUGCAUUAUUUUAAAUAGAAGUGUACGUAGGUAAUAAAAACUGUUCUACAAAUAUAAAAAUGUAGGUAAUGGUUUAAGCUUAUUCCCUUCGUCUAAAGUAACAAGAACAGAGAUAGUUGGAAAGCAUUAUCAUGCUUAAAAAAAAAUGAUACAAUACGAGUUAUUAUAAUUUUUGGCAGGCCUAGACACGAGACAAUUUUUAUUUAUUA